AUGGGCCCUCUCUUCGUCCUGGGCGACGCCCUGCUUUGCGCCUUGGUGAUCUGGAAAGUCCCAUAUACUGAAAUCGAUUGGACAACGUACAUGCAACAAGUAUCGCUGUACAUCUCCGGCGAACGCGAUUACACCCUGAUCAGGGGCUCGACCGGACCCCUCGUCUAUCCCGCCGCUCACGUAUACAUCUACAGCAUUCUCUACCAUCUUACCGAACAAGGACGGGAUAUCUUUUACGGUCAGAUACUGUUCGGGUUGCUCUAUAUCACCGUGUUGGGGUUGGUGUUGGCGUGUUAUCGACAAACGGGGACUCCGCCGUAUCUAUUCCCGCUGCUUGUGCUCUCGAAACGGCUGCAUAGUAUUUUUAUGCUGCGGCUGUUUAACGAUGGCGUCGCAGCGCUGGCUAUGUGGGGUGCUAUUCUGUUACUUAUUAAUAAGAAGUGGGCAGCCGGAGUGGUUGUUUGGUCGGUGGGCGUUGGGAUUAAGAUGACCAUGUUGCUACUUGCGCCUGCGAUUGCAACUGUCACGGUGCUCAGUCUAGGUUUGUUGCCGAGUAUUAGACUAGGGAUUAUAGCAGUGCUUGUCCAGGUUUUGCUGGCCAUUCCCUUUAUCCAAGCAGACCCUGUUGGAUACGCCUCGCGCGCGUUUGAACUGACUAGGCAGUUCAUGUUCAAAUGGACGGUCAAUUGGAGGUUCGUGGGUGAAGAGGUCUUCCUAUCUAAGAACUUCUCGCUGGGUCUUCUAGCGCUACACGCCGUCCUCUUGACUGCCUUCUUUUCCACAACCUGGCUGAAACCAUCAGGUUCCAACUUGUUCGGAUUCAUCCGCAGCACAAUCAAGGGACGCCAACACAGAGUGGUGCUCUCCAAACCAUUCAUCAUGACGGUUAUGUUGACAUCUCUCGCGAUUGGAUUGUUCUGCGCAAGGUCCCUGCAUUACCAAUUCUUUGCUUAUCUUGCCUGGGCAACACCCUUCCUGCUUUGGAGAGGUGGAUUCCACCCCGUGUUGAUAUACGCAGUGUGGGCAUUGCAGGAAUGGGCUUGGAAUACGUAUCCCAGCACCAACGCCAGUUCCCUCGUCGUUGUUCUCUCGCUUGCUGCUCAGGUGCUUGGUGUUUUGGCGAAUGGGUCCAGGGCCUUUGAUGCUCAGCAUCAAAAGCCUGACGGCAAAGCCAAAGUUCACACGCAAUGA